AUGGCUGGAUCUGGGGUGGGUUUUGGUUUAGGUUUCGAGAAGAAUUGUCGCAAGCUCAGGAAAGGUUCCCUUCCUUCUCUCAAGUUCUUCUUAAACCUUCUAGGGCUCAGACUGUUGCUGCUGUCCUUGCUUCUGGUACAAGCUGGCGUCUGGGGGUUCCCGAGGCCCCCCCAGAGCCUAAAGGAGCUGCAUGAAGAGUUCACCAUUAGCCUGCAUCUAGCUAGAAAACUGCUCUCAGAAGUUCGGGGCCAGGCCCACCGCUUUGCUGAAUCUCACCUGCCAGGAGUGAACCUAGAUCUGCUGCCUUUGGGGGAACAGUUCCCCAACGUAUCCUUGACCUUCCAGGCCUGGCGCCACCUCUCUGAUCCAGACCGUCUCUGCUUCCUCUCCAGGAGCCUUGAGCCCUUCCAUGAGCUGCUGGGAAGGCUGGGGGGCCAGGAGGGCUGGACCAGCUCCGAGAGGAGGCAGCUGUGGGCCACAAGGCUGGAUCUCCGGGAUCUGCAGAGGCAUCUCCAUUUCCAGGUGCUGGCUGCAGGAUUCAGUCUCUCUCAAGAGGAAAAGGAGGAAGAGGAAGAAGAGGAGGAGGGGCUGCCCCUCGGGGCUGUGGGCAGCCCCAUUCAGGUGUCACCCCAAGUGUCCUGGCCCCAGCUACUCUAUACCUACCAGCUACUGCGCUCCUUGGAGCUUGCCCUGUCUCGGGCUGUGAGGGACUUGCUGCUGCUCUCCAAGGUGGGGCACCCAGGCCUAGCUUGGGGAUCCUAAAACCUGGUUCCUGGCCCUGAUGGUGUGAUCUUUUUAGUCCUUCCUUUACCCUGGAGCUUGGAAACAGGACAGCCUCCAGCCUAGUCACCUCAGACCAAGCCAGGCUCUACCACCCUCCUUCCCCACCCAGGAACUUAAAGCCCCUUCAAUUCUUGCCACGUAUUUAUUUCUUGGAUAUUUAUUUAUUGUUUAGGAAGACAAUUGUUUAUUUAUUAUUUCCUCCUCAGGCAGGGCUGCCAUACUGGGUACUUGAAUUAAAAAUGAACAAACCUUGCCCUCUCUCUGUUUCACCUUCCUUCCACGGGGGUGGGGAGGUGGUAUCUGAAUCCCAUGGGACCCCCUGGCCCAGGAUGGAGUUGGAAGUUUCAGGUUACCCAGGUCCUUUCUUGGCUCAUACAUUUAUUGUGAUUCUUGACCCACAACCCCUUACCCGCAAACCCAGCAUGCUCAGCUGGUGGUUGCCAGAGUAACCAGGAAUGUUCUUAGGCUGAGCUACCAUUUUGGAAAAACUCAA